AUGAGCCGGCGAAAGCGAACAAAGGUUGAAAAUCGUGAUUUGGAUGAGAAAGUAAAGAUUCAAGAAGAUUCAGAAUCCGAUCAGUCUGAAAAAAUUAAAAUGACUCCAACAAGUCCUACAUUGUUUGGUGCCCGGCGCGAGUCUUCGACUACCAGGGCAUUAGAAAAUAAGGAACCUAAGAAAGAGGAGAAACCUGUAAUUUUAGAAGAAAUAAAGAGUGAUGAUAUUGAAGAAAUUAAUUAUAAAGAAAUGCUGAAUAGUUUAGAGGGUGCAGCAUUUCAGUCCAGACUUCCAUUUGACAAAAUGUCAUCAUUGGAAGCAGAGUGUUUCUCCGAUCUACAGGGCCCAUCAAGCAUUGCUUUUGUGCAGAUAAGAAAUCGCAUUCUAAAACUGUGGUUUGAAGAUCCUAAAAAACAGUUAACUCAAGAAGCUUGUGUGCAAAAAAUGGAGCCACCAUACAAUGGCGACCCAGCAUUGAUAAUGAGAGCUCAUGCAUUUUUGGAGCGGCAUGGUUUUAUAAACUAUGGCAUCUAUGAACGGUUAACCCCAAUUCCUAGUCCUCCUAAAGGGAAACAGAGGCCGAAAGUCAUCAUCAUCGGAGCAGGCGUAUCAGGUUUAGCUGCUGCGCGUCAACUGCAAUCGUUUGGCUGCGAUGUUGUCAUAUUGGAAGGGAGAGAUCGGGUGGGGGGUAGGGUGGUUACUUACAGAAAAGGACCUUAUGUUGCUGAUUUAGGAGCAAUGGUGGUGACCGGCCUAGGUGGUAACCCGGUCACGACCUUGUCCGUCCAGAUGAACAUGGAACUGCACAAAAUCAAACAAAAGUGUCCGCUCUACGAGGCCACCGGCAACCAAGUACCGAAACAUAAGGACGAAAUGGUGGAGCGGGAAUUCAACCGGCUCUUAGACGCAACAUCGUAUCUGUCGCAUCAAGUGGACUUCAACUAUUACAACGACACGCCCGUCUCGCUGGGCCAAGCCCUCGAGUGGGUGAUCAAAUUGCAACAGAAAAACGUAAAACACAAACAGAUACAACAUUUGAAAGCCGUGAUAACCCUACAGGAAAAACUAAAAGCGAAUAUAAAUAAGAUGACGGACGUGCAAGAGCUGUUGAAGUCUAUGAAGGCAGAGAAGGACAGCCUCUUGUCGGGGAAAGAGAAAGGCUUGCAAGGAGAGGGCGGCGACGCGGGCGUCCUCUACGAGUUCAACCUCCGCCGGCUCAACAGGGAAAUGAAUUUGCUCUGCAACGAAUACGAGGCGCUCGUUUCUCAAAACAACACCAUCGAGGACAAGCUCACUCAGCUCGAGUCCAAUCCGCCGAGCUCGGUGUAUCUGUCGGUGCGCGACCGUCAAAUCCUGGACUGGCACUUCGCCAACCUGGAGUUCGCCAACGCCACCCCGCUGGGCAACCUGUCGCUCAAGCAUUGGGACCAGGACGACGACUUCGAGUUCACCGGCAACCACCUGACAGGUGAGAUCUUCGCUCUUGAC